AUGACGGAAAGACGGCCCGGGGCGCUCCCCGCAGACGCCCUCGCGUGCCUCCACGACGGCCUCCGGGAGGCCCACCGCAGCUCGAAGGAGGACGUGGCCAGGCAGCUGCGGUCGCGCGCCGGGCUCCACUUCGAGAGGGACAUCAACCUCGCGCGGUGCGUGGCUGGCAAGCAGGUCAUGCAGAACGGCCGGGGCCAGGCCGAGGCCGCCGCGGUGGCCGCCGCGGUGGCCGAGGGCUGCUCCGUGCAGGUGGUGCACCCGCAGCGCUUCGCGCCGGCGGUGGCGGCGCUCCUCGCGCGCCUGGAGGGCUUCUUCGGCUGCCUGUGGGGCGCCAACAGCUUCCGGACGCCCCCGGCGUCGCGCGGCUUCAAGGCCCACCACGACGAGGUGGAGGUCUUCAUGCUGCAGCUGGAGGGCGCCAAGAACUGGACUCUGCACUCUUGCCCCGCAGGUCCGCUGCCCCAGGGCUACUGCUGGGAUCGGGCUACGACGAGGCGCUGCUGGGCCCGCCGUGCAUGCAGGUGUGCCUCCGUGCCGGGGACCGACCUCCUGUACUUGCCCCGCGGCACGGUGCACCGCGGGUCGGCCGUGGAUGGUGAGGAUCCCGCGCCAGAUUCAUUUGGUGUGCUCAUGGGCGGGGCCUACAAUUAA